UCGACACUGACAGUUAGGUGUUAUUUCUCUUUAUUCCCCACUAUACUUUUUAUAAAAUGUCAAUCUCAAGAUGCCACUGUCGCUGUUAUUUCUUUUCAUAUGCGAUUGCGUCGGAACCCACAUUGUAAAUGGACUAGAAAACGGACUGGCACGGAAGCCUCCCAUGGGCUGGAUGCCAUUUGAGCGGUUUCGUUGCGUGACGGACUGCUCCCGCUUUCCUAAAGAUUGCAUAAGUGAGAGGCUAAUGAGACGCACGGCCAAUCUCCUAGUGUCUGAGGGAUACGCAGCUGCAGGAUAUCGUUAUUUAAUAAUUGACGACUGUUGGAUGGAAGCUUCUCGUGACAAGGCUACUCAUGAACUUCUACCAAGCGAAGAUCGGUUCCCGAGUGGAAUGAGAGAUCUUGGCAAUUAUAUUCACAACAAGGGGCUUCUGUUUGGCAUUUACCAUGAUCUUGGUGAAAAAACUUGCAUGUUCCAUGGUCCAGGCGCCGCCCGUCAUUUUAAUCUCGAUGCCCAAACCUUUGCUAACUGGGGCGUGGACUAUGUCAAGAUGGACGGAUGCUUUGCCAGUGAAAUUGAGCUGGACCGAGGAUAUCCCGAAUUUGGCCGUGCUCUGAACAAGACGGGUCGUCCCAUGGUUUACUCAUGCAGUUGGCCCUUUUACAAAGCGCAGCCAGACUUCAAAUUAAUAGCAAAGCAUUGUAACCUCUGGCGAUUUGCAGAUGAUAUUCAGGACUCGGUGGCUUCUGUGACCAAUAUUAUGAAGCAAUACAGCAAAAGUCAAAUCGAGCUGACUACCCAUGCUGGUCCCGGCCGUUGGAAUGACCCCGAUAUGCUCGUAUUGGGUAAUUAUCAUCUGAGUUACGAUGCCAGCCGUUUGCAAUUGGCUAUAUGGGCUGUUAUUGCUGCGCCUUUGAUUAUGACAAACGAUUUGGAGAGCGUUCGACCGGAAAUUAAGGAACUUCUCCUGAAUAGGGACAUGGUUGAGGGGUGA